AUGGGAACUUUCCAACUGUUGCUGCUGGGGCUUUCAGUGACUAUGUUCCUGGUCACUGAAGGGGUUCCCCCUGGUUUCACUAGAGCUCAAUGGUUCAAUGAACAGCAUGUGCAAUACCCAAAGACCAUAGCCUCCAACGACAAUAUAUAUUGCAACAAUGAGAUGAGACGAAUCAACAACCAUACCAGUCGGUGUAAAUCCUUCAACACCUUCCUGAACUACUUGGGUCCCGCUGUCAUCAAGGUUUGUUUGGAGCCCAACAUCAGCUGUAUGAAUCCAGCGAUGCAGAACUGCCAUAAUAGUACAACAGAUGUUCCCCUCACCAAUUGUCAAUUGACCAGUGGUCGUUAUCCCAACUGCAGCUACCGUGGCACUUCUAAACAGGCAUACUUUGUUGUUGCCUGUGAUCCUCCUGUGCCAGCUGACCAUAGCAGAAGUAAAUUGCUUCCUGUGCAUUUGGACAGCACCACUUCGCAGCCAGACCCCAUACUUCUGUCUCUUUGA